AUGGCUGAAGGUGUUUUCUCCGGUGCAAUCGGUAUCGAUUUAGGUACUACCUACUCAUGUGUUGCCACUUACGAAUCUUCUGUUGAAAUUAUUGCUAACGAGCAAGGUAAUAGAGUUACUCCAUCUUUCGUUGCUUUCACCUCAGAGGAAAGAUUGAUCGGUGACGCUGCUAAGAACCAAGCUGCUUUGAACCCAAGAAACACUGUUUUCGAUGCUAAGCGUUUGAUUGGUAGAAGAUUUGACGAGGAGUCUGUUCAGAAUGACAUGAAGACAUGGCCAUUCAAGGUUAUCGAUGCCAACGGUUCUCCAGUCAUUGAGGUUGAAUACUUGGGUGAGACCAAGACUUUCUCCCCACAAGAAAUUUCUGCUAUGGUCUUGACCAAGAUGAAGGAAAUUGCCGAAGCUAAGAUUGGCCAAAAGGUUGAGAAGGCUGUCAUUACCGUCCCAGCUUACUUUAACGAUGCUCAAAGACAAGCUACUAAGGAUGCAGGUGCUAUUGCCGGUUUGAACGUUUUGAGAAUCAUUAACGAACCUACUGCUGCUGCCAUUGCCUACGGUUUGGGUGCUGGUAAGUCUGAGAAGGAAAGACAUGUUUUGAUUUUCGAUUUAGGUGGUGGUACUUUCGAUGUUUCUUUAUUGAACAUCGCCGGUGGUGUUUACACUGUUAAGUCUACCUCCGGUAACACUCACUUGGGUGGUCAAGAUUUCGACACCAACUUGUUGGAACACUUCAAGGGUGAAUUCAAGAAGAAGACUGGUUUGGACAUCUCUGGUGACGCUAGAGCUUUGAGAAGAUUGAGAACUGCUGCUGAAAGAGCUAAGAGAACUUUGUCUGCUGUUGCUCAAACUACCAUCGAAGUCGACUCUUUAUUCGAAGGUGAAGACUUCGAAGCCACUAUCACUAGAGCCAGAUUCGAAGACAUUAACGCUGCUAUGUUCAAGUCUACUUUGGAGCCAGUUGAGCAAGUCUUGAAGGAUGCUAACAUCUCUAAGUCCCAAAUCGACGAAGUCGUUUUGGUUGGUGGUUCCACUAGAAUUCCAAAGGUCCAGAAGUUGUUAUCUGACUUCUUUGACGGUAAGCAAUUAGAAAAGUCUAUCAACCCAGACGAAGCUGUUGCUUACGGUGCUGCUGUCCAAGCCGCUAUCUUGACUGGUUCUAACAUGUCUGAGGACACUAAAGAUCUAUUGUUGCUAGAUGUUGCUCCAUUGUCUCUAGGUGUUGCUAUGCAAGGAGAUGUCUUCGCUUGUGUCAUUCCAAGAAACACUACCGUUCCAACUAUCAAGAAGAGAACUUUCACCACUGUCCACGACAGCCAGACUACCGUUACCUUCCCAGUUUACCAAGGUGAACGUGUGAACUGUAAGGACAACACCUUGUUGGGUGAAUUCGACUUGAAGGGUAUCCCACCAUUGCCAGCCGGUGAACCAGUUUUAGAAGCUAUUUUCGAAGUCGAUGCUAACGGUAUCUUGAAGGUUACUGCCGUCGAAAAGUCCACUGGUAAGACCGCUAACAUCACUAUCUCUAACGCUAUCGGUAGAUUGUCUUCUGACGAUAUCGAAAAGAUGGUUUCACAAGCUGAAGAAUUUAAGGCUGCUGACGAGGCUUUCGCUAAGAGACACGAAGCUAAACAAAGAUUGGAAUCUUACAUUUCCUCCAUUGAACAAACCGUCUCCGACCCAGUUUUGUCUGCUAAGAUGAAGAGAGGUGCUAAGGCUAAGGUUGAAGCUGCUUUGGCUGAUGCUUUCUCUGCUUUGCAAGUUGAAGACACUUCUGCUGAGGACUACAGAAAGGCUGAAAUCGGUUUGAAGAGAGUUGUCACUAAGGCUAUGUCCACUCGUUAA